AUGAGGCUCCUCCUGGUUGGGAAGAGUGGGGCAGGGAAAAGUGCCACCAGCAACACCCUCCUCGGAGAAUGCCUGUUCAAGUUUGCGACCGAGCUGGUGAUAGUUAGCUGUGUGCAAGCACAAGGGUGCUGCGAUGGUGAGGACAUCACGGUCACUGACACAGCUGAUAUUUUUGAUCCAAAGGCUGCCAUCUGUGAGGUGUACAAAGAAAUUACUCAUUGCAUCAGGCUGUCCUCCCCAGGCCCCCAUGUGCUGCUGCUGGGAACCAAUCUGGGCCAAUCCAUCAAGGAGGACAAGGAGGCUGUACAGAGACUGCAGGACAUUUUUGGAGUUGAUGUUUUGAAGUACAUGAUCAUUACUCAUGCAGAAGACCUGGCAGGGAGGUCGCUGCACAAUUACCUGCAGUAUUGCAGCAACGGAGCGCUCCAGGACCUGAUCCUGCGCUGUGGGAGCAGGUACUGCGGCUUCAACAACAGAGCAGUUGGUGCUGAACAGGACCAGCAGGUCACCAAGCUGAUGGGGAUGGUCUGCCACGUGGUGCAGGAGAAUGGGGGUGAGUGGUAGAGCAACAACGUGUACCUGGAGGCCAGUUUAAUGGAAGAGAAAGUGGAGUAUCACAUGGGGAGACCAAAGCGGUGCCUGCCCCAGGGCACGGUGUUGGGACCUGUCACCCUCCUCCUGCCACUGGUGUCCAUCAGGGAGCUGCAGCUGGAGUCAGCCAGGCAGGGGACAUUUUGUUUUCCUCCCCAGAGGCGUGGCUCCGGCCGGAAGCGCGUGGGGGAGUGA